GGUACGUAGUGCGCCUGCGUCGAUGUUUUGUGAAGGCCCGCGACUAGCCAGCGUGCUAAUCCACCAUAUACGGAACCGUACAGAGAUUUUUUAUUAUUAUAAAUAACUAACUUCUGAUAGCCCCUUUUAUCUCUGCAUGCGCCGCCGGAUUUAAGGUCGGUUCGAUUCACAGCCAGAAUGUCCUUCCCCCCGCAUUUGAACCGGCCGCUGUUGCCACCUCCUGGGAUCCCGCCUCAGUAUGCUGGCUUCGCCACAGGAGCUCCGAUGAUCCCGGUUCACAUGGGCAUCAUGGCCCCCGCGAUGAUGCUGCCCUCCGUGACGGUGGUUAGUAAGCCUGUGAUUCACAAGCGGGAAAGUGCCGCGCUGCGAGCCAAGGACGACGAGAGCAGCGGGCCCACCACCACCGUGUUCGUGGGGAACAUAUCGGAGAAGGCUUCAGAUAUGCUGAUCAGACAGCUGCUUGCGAAAUGUGGAAUUGUUCUGAGUUGGAAGAGAGUCCAAGGAGCCUCUGGCAAGCUUCAAGCUUUUGGGUUUUGUGAGUACAAGGAGCCGGAGUCUACAUUACGGGCCCUGAGGCUGCUCCAUGACUUGCAGAUCGGAGACAAAAAUCUCCUUGUGAAGGUGGACGCCAAGACAAAAGCUCAGUUAGACGACUGGAAGGCCAAGAAGAAGACUGCAAAUGGGCAGACUAAAAAGGCUGAAGAUGGAGGCGACGACGAGGAAGAGGUCCUGGACGAGGAGACCAAGAAGAGGGAUCAAAUAAUUAAAGGCGCCAUCGACGGCUUGAUGCGGGAAUACGCCUCCGAACUCAACGCACCUUCGCCGGACGAGGAAUCCCAGCGACGAAGGAGAAAAAAAGAGAAAAAAGAAGAGGAUGACAUUAACACAAUCGACAUGGAGGAUGACAAGAGGGACCUGAUUUCCAGAGAGAUUAAUAAAUUUCGUGACACCCACAAGAAACUGGAAGAGGAGAAGGACAAGCGGGAGAAGGAGCGGCUGGAGUUCGAGCGGGAACGGAGAGAUCGGGAGAAGGAGCGCGAGCGGGAGAGAGAGCGGCGCGACCGCGAGAGGGAGAAGGAGCGCGAGAAGGAGCGCGAGAGGGAGAGGGAGCGAGAGCGGGAGAGAGACCGGGACAAGGACCGCGACCGCCGGCCUAGAGAGAGGGAACGCGACCGAGACUGGGAGAGAGAAAGGAGCCGCGAACGGAGCGUCGAACGCAGCCGAUCCAGGGAUAAGAGUCGAGACCGAGAAAAGAAGCGAGACCCGGAGGAUGAAGAGGAGGCAUAUGAGCGCAGGAAGCUGGAGAGGAAACUCCGAGACAAAGAAGCAGCCUAUCAGGAGCGUCUAAAAAACUGGGAGCUCAGGGAGAGGAAGAAGGCUCGGGACUAUGCCAAGGAGGCCGAGAGGGAAGAUGAGCGCCGACGAGAAAUGGUGAAAGAGGGGAAAAGGCUAAAAGAGUUUCUUGAAGACUAUGAUGACGACAGAGACGACCCGAAGUAUUACAGGGGCAGUGCACUGCAGAAGCGCCUCAGAGACCGAGAGAAGGAGAUGGAGGCGGACGAGCGUGACAGGAAGAGGGAGAAGGAGGAGCUGGAGGAAAUCAGACAGAGGCUGUUGGAAGAGGGACAUCCAGACCCAGACGCAGAGCUACGCAGGAUGGAAGAGGAAGAGGAGGAGCGUCUGAGACAACCGCCCGUCGUCCCAGAACCGGAGCCCGAGGAGGAACGAGAGCACCACAGGGGCUCGCGGGACCACCGGGACCGCCGCGGCACGGAACCAGACCGGGCGGAAGCGCGUUCACGGCCCCCCGCCCCCUCAGAUGACGAGGUGGAAGAGGGCGAGGAGGAGGAGGAGGAUUACGGCAAUGGUGAAGAAAACCCCGACGCGCAACCCUGCCCAAAGCCCAAGAUGAGGCCCAUCACAGCGGCGCCCUCCGUGUCGUCGGGCAGCGGCGGCGCGACACCCAACUCGCCGGGGGACGAGUCGCCCUGUGGCAUCAUCAUCCCCCACGAGAACUCUCCCCCUGAGGCCCUGCCGCAGGAGGAGCACCGGCCCAAGAUCGGCCUCAGCCUCAAACUAGGCGCCACAGGAAGCCCCAGUCAACCCAACGCGGGCAAGAGGAAGAAGCUGCCCGUGGACAGCGUCUUCGACAAGUUCGACGACGAGGAGGCAGACGAGCAGCCGCGCAGGAGGAAGCUGGUGCCGCUGGACUACGACGACGACAAGAGCCUCGGCGUGGACGGCGCCGGGCUCUCCGGCGUCAAGGACGCCGACAACGAAGAGAAGCACAAACACAUCAAGAGCCUGAUCGAGAAGAUUCCCACGGGGAAGCCAGAGCUGUUCUCCUACGAACUGGACUGGACCAUGGUCGACACGACGUUAAUGGAGCGGCGCGUUCGGCCGUGGAUCAAUAAAAAGAUCAUUGAGUACAUCGGCGAGGAAGAGGCGACGCUAGUGGACUUUGUCUGCUCCAAGGUGAUGGCUCACAGUAUGCCACAGAGCAUCUUGGAUGAUGUUGCAACGGUUCUUGAUGAAGAAGCCGAAGUGUUCAUCGUGAAGAUGUGGAGGUUACUCAUCUACGAAACGGAGGCCAAGAAGAUUGGACUGGUGAAAUAAGCGAAAACAGCCACUGAAUGAAGAUCAACAUUUUUUUUUUUCCAUACAUAGUGUAGCGUUAUGAUGUCACCCCAAACAAUUUGACUUGUCCUCAUCAGUAUAGACUGUAACUGCAGGUUCUGCUCAUUUUCACCCGUUGUUCAGGUCUCGUUUUUUAAUUUUUUGGGCUCAACACACUCAGGCUAAAUUCACCUUGUCUGUUUGCGGCUGCUGACCGUGUCGGUGUUCUCAUGUAUAUACAGUACGUUAUUAUUUGACUACGACGAAAAAAAAGAGGAAGCCAAGCACCAACAUCUCUUGGUCCUGUUCUUUUGUUUGUGUACAAGCAGCCAGUUUACCGGUGUCUUCAGUACUUCAGGUUGGUUAAGCUGAGAGUUCAGAGAACGCACAACUACAAACAAGGAUGUGAUUAUUUUUCAUCUACAGGGUUAUUUAUUCAAUGAUUUAGACUCAGCUUCCUUAAUUUGUUUUUCCUCAUCACAUUCCUGAUAAACACGUUGGCAUGUUCUCGUCUCAUGAACACAGAGCUAUCUAUGGACAAGACCCACAGAAAUAUCUUGGGUGGCAAAAUCCCUGCAGCUGUAAACACACACAUACACACACAUGACCACUAGAGGGAAAUGAGCUAAGAAUGGGGGGGAUGAUUUGAAGAAGAUGCUCUCCAUUUGUUUUUGUAUUCGUGAACAUUUGAAUAAAAUUGAUUUUUAUAA